AGAAGCCAUGCGCAACGUCGUUCUGCUUACCGGAGCGGGAGGAAGAUGGGGUGGCUGGGGUUGCCCUUUGGGUAUUUGCUCCUGGGUGGACAGGGAUUGCUCCUUACCUUCUCUCUGAUAGCCUCGCAGAACUAUACCGUUCCGGUGGCUACCCCCGAGCCGAACACCAGCUCUGUCACCAUUCCUAGGGACGCCUGGGGACCCCUGGUACUUUGCGAGUUCCUACCUGAAGAAUUUGUAGAAUGUGAUGAUCCUGUUGACCACUCAGGAAAUUUGUCAGCUCAACAAGAUCUUGGAUAUGGAUGUUCAAAGGUUGGAGGGCAGGCAUAUGAUGAUGUAGAACAUACAAAGGUGAUCUGCCGAGCCCUUGACGGCAUAGAAUGUGCUGGACCCCGCAGCUUUCUUCGAGGGAGCAAACCGUGUAUCAAAUACACUGGUCACUACUUCAUCACCACACUGCUCUACUCGUUCUUUCUGGGCUGCUUUGGGGUCGACCGAUUCUGCCUGGGGCACACAGGCACAGCAGUGGGCAAGCUGCUUACCUUGGGGGGUCUAGGCAUUUGGUGGUUUGUGGACCUCAUUCUGCUAAUUACUGGGGGGCUUAUGCCUAGUGAUAACAGCAACUGGUGCACUAUCUACUGAUUGAUCCAUGAGAGGACAGUAUUACCACAUGAUCAUGGAUCUGUGAUGCACAACAGUAUGGGACUCAGGAACCAAAGGACCGUGCCUGCUGUCAGGGAAUUUCUGUCUUUCCCUAUGUACUUGGUGACAUCAGUGCCAAAGAUGUACGUAGUUGCAGCUGCCUUUUUGGUCCUUUUAAGUUCAUUGUAAAUUAAGACUAUUAUUAUCCAGCUCACUAAAGGAUUGUUUUGGAUUAUCAGCCAUGUGUAAAGCGACACUGAGGGCAUGUGAAUGAGUUGGAUAGUCUACUCUUUGUAACAUAAAGUUAUGUAAAUAUUUGGAAUGUUAAUGCUGUAUUAUAAAUAUAAUAAACGUAUCCAUAAUUUAUGUUCUAGUGAGAUUGUGUUCUUCAUCUGACAUACAGACUCAUAAAUGGAUGUAAGCAUAUUAAAUUCCCAGGAACUUC